AUGCUUUUGAAGCUUGCGCUACAUUUCGUCAGGAAGUGGAAAAUAUCAUGCAGCUUCUCGACUGGUUCAAGAGUGGCGUCAUGGACGAAGAACGAAACCCUCAAGUGUAUUGAUGUGUUCAACAAAGCAGCCGAGCUACUUGCAAAGAUGAUGGGGGAAAAGCGAUUUGAUGCGGUUUUUAAUCUGCUGAAAGACAAGUGCCAACAGUUGCAAGAUAAAGAAAGACUGAGUGAUUGUCUUACUUCACUUGGGAUCAAAAAGGCAUUCAGUUGUUUCUUUUCCCCUCAUUUGUCUGUUGAAGCUAGGAAGAUAGCCAAAGAGUACUUUAUGGAAGCCGAUAGAAUCCAGAGCGACCUUCCAAUUGAUACCGGUAACAGCAGAGCCCAAUGCCUUGCCAAAUAUGGCCGUUGUGUCUCCAUCAUAGACGGCAAAUUUGCUGAAGGAAAGGAGAUGAUUCAAAAAGCAAUCGAUAUUCGCAAGACGCAUGGAGAAGAGGAUAGAGUCAUGUUAGGUGCAACAUACAACGACUUGGCAGGUAAGGCCCCAUUUAUAUGGACAAAACCUUUCUCGGGUGGAAGGCUUAUCCUCCCAGCCGAGUCAACUUUAGCGAGCGUUUAUAUGGGAAAAAGGUUGACCCCUUUGCUUUAACUCUCACAUGCUGUGAUUGUCUUAUCUUGACCGAGUUGAUCCGUAUGGGCGAGCCAAAGUCAGUGUUCGGAAGAAACGUUGCAUGGCCCGGCUAGGAGGGUGACCUUACCAUCACAAAAGGGUGACCCUUCUCGUGGAGCAAACGUUUUGUUUCUCGUGUACACGGCUCGCCACGUUUUGUAAGGAAAUGUCUGAUAAGUUGGCUCGCACAGGGUAGCCCCUGUAUGUGGAUGAACCUUCUACCAGGGGCAACGUUUCUUCCAACGUUUCGUUGUUCUUUGAACUGAAGCUUUAUCCUAGUUUGAUUUUCCAUUUGCUUUGUCUCCUAGCUUAAAAGCCACUUAGGCCUGAAUUUCAUUUUAACCUUUUACAGAUGCAAACCGGUUAAAUAUUUUUAUUAUCUUAAUGUUGAUCAUGUGAUAAGAUCUGAUAAUGUGCUACGUUGGAUUUAAGAGCAAACAUUUUUAAGAACAUUAAAUCAUUAAAUCCAGCGACGAGACUGUAAUUUUCUUCUGUGUUCUAGUUGUCCUCUCCCUGGAAUCGGCAUAUCAUCAACGAGAAUGUCGACAAGAAAUAGCCACUGAACUCCUCGAAGAAGCAGUAAAUUGGAGAACACGUGAAACGCUUGAAAUAUACAGAGUAAAGCUGGGCGACCAUCCUUUUACAGCUACCAUUCUAAACAACCUGUCAAAAAACUACCGUUCUCUUGGAAUGCUUGAAGAUGCUAAAAAAUGUUCUGUUGAAGGUCUGAAAAUUAGGAGGGAGUUCUUGGGGGAGCACAUGAAAACUGCGUUGUCCCUAUAUGAGGUUGCAUUGGUUCUUAAAGAAAACAAUGAGUUACAGGCCGCGAAAACUAACCUGCAGGAGUGUUUAGCUAUGCAGGAGAAGGUGCUGGAUGAGGAAAACAAGGAUCUCGAAAGGUAA